AUGCAGUCCAAGAUCGCCAGCAACAUCCCUCUCGCCCUGCCCGCCAACUACCCGCUCGUCGGGCUCGGCGUGAGCGCCCUGUUCAUCCUGAACUUGUGGCAGAGCAGCCGUGUCGGUGCCGCCCGCAAGAUGGCGGGCGUCAACUACCCCACCAUGCUGGUCACCGAGGCCGAGGCCAAGGCAGACAAGAAGAAGCACAUCUACAACUGUGUCCAGCGGGCCCACGGUAACACCCUCGAGAUGAUGCCUUUCGUCCUCUCUCUCUCCGCUUUCCUCGGUAUCUACAACCCCGUCCUCUCGGUCGGUGCCGUCUCCGCCGUCGUGCUCGGCAGGAUCUUCUACACGGUCCAGUACUCUAGCGGUGACCCGGCUAAGAGGACCAAGGGCUUUGCUUUGAUCCAGUACCCCGGUCUGCUCAGCUUGCUCUUCGGCUCCAUCUACUACGCCGGUACCGCUUCGCUCAAGCACUACACCGCUUAG